GGUAAUUAAGACGAUGCGUUUAGACAACGACGACUACUGUCUGAUUGAUCUUCUCACAAAUUUUAUUAUCGUAGAACUACUUCAGGGGAAGAAAUGCCGAUAUUAGGGCAUGAACACCAAAGAGACUUAAUAUUUGAGGAAGAUGACUUGGCCUAUGAAGAAGAGAUCUUACGUCAUCCAUUCUCUGUCAAAUGCUGGCUACGCUAUGCUGAGCACAAAUCUAAUGGCCCUCCUGUAGGACUACAUCUCAUCUAUGAGAGAGCUCUAAAAGAGUUACCUGGAAGCUACAAGCUAUGGUAUAACUACCUCAAACUGAGAAGAAAGGCCAUCAAAGGUCGGUGUAUUACUGAUCCAGGAUAUGAGGAUGUCAACAAUGCCUUUGAAAGAGCUUUGGUUUUCAUGCAUAAGAUGCCUAGAAUAUGGCUUGACUACUGCCAGUUCUUGAUGGACCAGUGCAAGGUCACUCGGACACGCCGGACGUUUGACCGUGCCUUGAGAGCGCUGCCCAUAUCCCAGCAUCACAGGAUCUGGCCUCUGUACCUGAAGUUUGUCCGCUCCAUGCCACUCCAUGAGACAGCUGUCAGGGCCUACAGGAGAUACCUCAAGCUGUGUCCUGAGAAUGCAGAGGAGUACAUUGAGUAUCUUGUGGAUAUUUUGCGUUUGGAUGAGGGCGCUGUUCGUUUGGCAGACAUUGUCAACCAAGAGACAUUUGUUUCGAAGGAAGGCAAAUCAAACCAUCAGCUUUGGCAUGACCUCUGUGACCUGAUAUGCAAGCAUCCAACCAAAGUGACAUCACUCAAGGUUGAUCCCAUUAUACGGGGAGGGAUCAAACGCUUCUCUGAUGAGAGGGGCAAGCUUUGGUGCUCUCUGGCUGACUACUAUAUCAGGAGUGGUCACUUUGAGAAGGCAAGAGACAUAUAUGAGGAAGCAAUCUUCACUGUGAAAACUGUCAGGGAUUUCACCCAGGUCUUUGAUGCAUAUGCUCAGUUUGAGGAGAGCAUGCUAAAAGCAAAGAUGGAAACAUCUGCAGAAUCUGGUUCAACUGAGGAAGAUGACAUUGACAUUGAGCUGAGGCUUGAACGGUUUGAAGACCUAAUGGACAGGCGCCCUCUGUUGUUGAAUAGUGUCCUAUUGAGACAGAAUCCCCAUAAUGUUCAUGAGUGGCAUAAAAGGGCAAAACUUUUUGAAGGGAAGCCUAAAGAAGUGAUUAACACAUACACAGAAGCUGUGCAGACUGUAACUCCUCAGCUAGCAACAGGUAAACUUCAUACUCUGUGGGUAGAGUUUGCUAAGUUCUAUGAGAAGCAUGGUCAGGUCAUGGAGGUAAGAAAUAUUAUUUUAUUUUUCAUCAGAGUUAAUCAUUAAACAUUUGCAUCACAGAUCUGAUUUGCUGACAGUAAACUUGUAUUAGAAAUAAUGCAUUUGUCAUUAUAACAAAUGUUAUGAGACAGGAUCCUGAAUGAAACCAUGUUUAUAAAGCCUUGAUCAGAUACAAUGUGACACAUCAUUUUUCAUAUUGUUCAUACAUCAGACAAAUUGCACUCUAAAUUCACUUGUACAUGUAUGUUGAUUAAUGUGUGCUGUACGCUUCAAACAGUGGUCUAAAAUUUGGCAGACAAACUGCUAACGUCAUUAUGUUUUUAUAAUGAUGUUGUGCUUUUGUGUUAUUUCAUGUCAAGAGUUUGUCACACAAAUGU